AUGAAGGGAAUCGCCUUAAUUCUUCUAAUGGCCCUUGUGGGGAACCAGAAGCCCCAAACAAAAACCCAGAAUCCUGAAACUGGAACUGAGAAUGUUGAAAUCAGGCCAGAAUUUCGUGAUGGAGAACAAUGGCUAUACAAUUAUACUGCCAUGGUAGAAAAUGGAGUACAGAGCAAGGACUUUGGAAAAUCUCUUAUAAAGAUAUCAGCUCAUGUACUGAUUAAAGGAGGUCAACAAGAGCAUGUGCUUCAGGUUAUGCGUCUAAAAUUGGAAGGAGGUGUUGGAUUCUACCCAAAAAAUUCCUUGUCAGAACCACCAAAGGAAGUUAAACAGUUCCUUGCCUGUCAGGAGUAUACGGCCCAUUUCACUUACAAUGGGAGAAUUGGAUCCAUCCUCAUGAGUAAAAAUGCACCUUUGCAUUGCAAGAAUAUUAUGAGAGGCAUGCUGACCAUGUUGAAUAUGUCACCAAGGAACCAAAAGGAAUAUGAGCUACAGGAGGAUGGAAUUGAAGGCGAGUGCAGCACCAGGUAUGCCAUCUAUGAGGAGAAAAGGAGCAACAGCAUUAUUUGCAAGAAAGUCAGGGACUUGAACAACUGCAAACAAAGAAUUAUGCUGAACGCUGGAAUGUCCUUCCUCCACGUCCGCCCCAAAUGCUUCCAAAGGGAGAGAUUGGUUCAAGGCAUGUCUACCUCUGUCAUCAAAGUGAAACGUGACAGUGCUGGUGACCAGAUCACUCAAGUCAUGUCUGAACAAUUAUACCAGUUUCCUCUGAUAAAUGGAGAUGAGGGUGCUGGAUACAUGAAAGCUCAGCAGUUCAUGACCUUGAUAGAUGUGAAAACUGACCAAGGCCAAGCACAGCAGCAGCAGCAACAGCAACAGCAACAGCAACAGCAACAGCAGCAGCAACAGCAGCAGCAGCAGCAGCAGCAGCAGCAGCAACAAGGAGAGCUUGAAACGAUAAGCAUUCAUUUUGACAUUCCCAAAUACCUGCCUUUGCCAGUGUUGGACGUUCCCAACAGAGAUCUUGUACAACAGGCUGAUGAACUCUUGCAAGAAUCGGUGCGCUGGCAACAGUUGCGCUAUGAAGAGGUUGCCUUCAAAUUUCUAAUAUUGAAGAGGAGCAUACAACGCUUGUCAUAUAACGAUCUGAACACUCUCUACAAUAAGUUUUCCAAAAUUCCUCCUGCUAGAAAAGCCCUACUGAUUUCAUGCAGCCAUGCGGGUAAUUUGAUUGGACUGAGGUUCAUCAGGGACAAAGUAGCCAAUGGAGAUCUGCACCACACAGAAAUGUUUUUCAUUGUCCCCCUAACCUUCCAUUUUGCCAACCCUGAUACUACUAAAGUAGAAGAAACAGCUAAAGUGGCAGGAGACAUAAUUUCCAAAACCACUGACAUCUUAGGAAAGAUGACUUACCUGGCAUAUGCAAAUAUGGUGUUCAAGCAAUGUUCUGCUUCUCGGACUUGUCACCCUAAAUUGCUUGAGCCUCUCCACAACCUUCAAGCUGAGGCAGUUCGGGAAAAAGAUGAAAACAAAAUGGUAUUAGCUAUGAAAGCUAUUGGCAAUGCAGGUCAGUUAGCCAGCCUGAAACAAGUGAAACUCCUGUGUGAGUCUGCUAAAUAUUCUGAAUACGUCCAGAUCAUUGCAAUUCAGACCCUGGUGCAAAUCGGCAAGCAGGAUCUUACAAAGGUUCAAGGCUUUCUUCUUCAGAUCUUUAUGGAUACUUCACGUUCUGCAGCAGUCCGAAUAAUGGCUAGCAUUGGCCUCUUAGACAAUAACCCUCCUCUACUCAUAGUAACAGCCAUGGCCAGUGCAAUGCUGCAUGAAGACAAUCUUCAGGUUGUCAGUUUUGUGUACUCUCACAUGACGAGCAUAACAAAUUCCAGGCACCCCAUAUACUACCGCCUGGCUUCUUACUGCACUAUGGCCCUUACACUUCUGAACCCCAGACUUGACAAACUAACCCCCAGUUACAACAAGGCUUGGCAUUUCAACCCUUUUGUAAACAAUGGAGUUCUCUUGAAACUUUUCAUGAUUGGUGACAAUAUAUAUAAUCCAAAUAUCAUCCUUAGUUCAGAUGUAACCAUUUUUGGUUCCACUUAUAACCCAAUAGAGAUUGCAGUGCAAGUUGAGGGUGUACAUCAAUUGUUUGGGGAAUCACUUAGCCAGUCUGACCAAUACCCUAACCAUCAAAAGAUCAAAGAUACUGUAGCCAAGCUGCCAGGAUUCCAAGAACUACCUGACAGAAAACUCUCCUUUAGUACCUCACUCAAAAUUCUAGGAAAAGACAUUUUAUAUUUCUACUUUCGAGAAAUAAAGCCAGCUCAGGAGGUAAAGAUGUCUGAUAUGUUUUCACCAUCUAAUCCGUAG